GAUAUGUUUGCAAAAUUACGUAUCUUUUUAGACUUAUAGCAUGUUGAAUGCAUCUCUUUGUGAAGAUUUUAUGGUUCAAAAACUUGGUAUAGAAGCAAACAAAGUCUCGGAGAUUAAACGUGUGCUAUGCAGAAGCUAUGGGACAACAAUGGUUGGUCUCUUGGCACUUGGCUACAACUUUGACUAUGAUGAAUACCACAACUUUAUUCAUAGGAGAAUGCCUUAUGAGAUCCUGAAACCUGAUCAUGUUUUGAGGGAUCUGUUACUGAGCUUGCCAAUUCGCAAAGUUAUAUUCUCAAAUGGGGACAAGAUCCAUGUGGCUGAAGUUUUAAGGAAGCUAGAAUUGGAGGAUUGCUUUGAAAGGGUCAUAAGCUUUGAGACCCUUAAUCCCACUAAUGGAAGCAAUACUCUAAUUGUCUGCAAACCAUUUAAAAAUGCAUUUGAACAAGCCUUCAGGAUUGCUAACAUCAACCCUCAAAAAACUAUAAGGUAG